UAAUGUCGUUUGAUAAAUACAUUAUGUAAAUCAACCUUCAAAUAUAACGUGCGCCAAUAAUAACAACAUGCACUCUUAAAGAGUUGACAUUUGAUCCAUGAUUGUCUAGUGCGAUUGUUCUAGGUUGAAGCCAGCGAAACAGAGUUUGUAAGAAGUCAAACGUUGCUGUAUAAAGCAUCGAUACUUAAUUAUCAUCUUCACUAGCUGCUAUACUCGCCGCAUCAAACACAGUUGAACAAUCUCUAUAUGUUUUAGUAGGCUUUCCUGAUUAUUCAAGGUACCGUUUAUUCUUACCAUCGAUCAAAAUGCUCGGAAAUCAUAACUUGAUAGAGAGUGCAACUGUCUGGUUUUCUUCUGAUGUUUUGAUUACUGGCAGAUUUAAUGAGAACAUCCUGAUGUCCUGGCUAUCGGCCAAUGCAACUGUUGGCUUGGUAUUCGGUCAUUCUCAUUUCCCCGUACAGAAUUUACAACCAAAAUCUUCAUGACGGAAGGUUACAAAAAGGACGUACAAAGAUUGACACUGUAUGGUUUUACAAUUUUAUGGCAUCCAUAUUACAAUUUCGGAAAACACAAUCUCAGAAUACAUCACUGUCGACCGUGGGAUGCCGUGAACCCCUCUUUUAAGACAUAACCCGAGCAUAGAGCUUAGGUUUGUUGCCGUACCAAGAUUUAAACUCUCUCAUCUCUAUUGCGUGCGGCGUGUGUAUGUCAUAAAACCUUUCAGGCAGGAAAUUAUAAAAUCCUGGUAUGAACUUAUGAAGAGGACCUGGCAUUUAUAAUGUAAGUAGCCUCAUGUCUUUUGGCUAACAGUGAAAGUUUAGGUUCAGAUAUCUUCAGCUGUUUGAUACUGCGAGUUUACUCAUAUCGACAGCAAUAAAAUUACUAUACGCAACAACAGAUGCAGCUCGAGACGAUUUUAGUAUAAACUAGGCCUAAUUGGAAGAGACAGGUUGUGGGCAUGAUUUGUGCACAAACUGACCAGGGUAAAUAAAACGUUUGCACGCAUGUUGCAUUCCGACUAAUGGGCAGCUUCCGUGGGGCAGCCGCCUGUGGGAUCUUUCAAAUAUUUUAGAACUCCGGCUGUUUGGAGUUCAAAGUUGGCAGACUGGAUCGAUCGGCUUGACUGCGUGGAUGCUUGCUAUGCUGAGGUCCAGCUAUCUAGUAAGAUGCUGUUUAUCAGUUUGUUCGUGAUCUUUGCCGUGAUUUUUCUUAUCGCUUUCCAGCACAUAUUCUCGGUUUCCAAGUCUCCUGGAAAAGAAAAGAUUCCUGGAGCUAGACCCUCAAACUCGAGGGAUGGAAACAAGCCUGACAUUGCAGCCGCUGGUAACAUUCAUAAUUACCUUCUUGAUCUGCAUGGGAAAUAUGGACCUCUAGCCUCGUUUUGGUACGGCCCCAAGUACGUUGUCAGCAUUGCCUCUCCAGAGCUAUUCAUGGAACAUCACGUGCGCAUGACAUCGAACCGGCCCCCUGACAUGAUGGAGAUGUUAGGAAUUCUCUUUGGGAGUAAUGCCAUCCAGUUUGCAAAGACCGAUGAUGCAAUCAGAAGACGAGAACUCUACGAUCACACCCUGAGACAUGAGACGCUGACCCAUUUUUACCCAACCUUCAAUAAGGUGGCUCGUGAAACUGUGCAGGCGUUGUCCGGCAUCCCCGAGGGUACCCGCAUCCCGCUAGUCCAUCAUUGCAUUGACAUGAGUAUCAAGGGGAUUGUUCGCACCUGCUUCGGGGACUAUUUUAAAACCGAAGAAGCCGUAGACCACCUCCGUGAAGUCUGGACCGCGUGCUGGAACGAACUGGAGUUACUCCAGAUCAAAGGUCCACCGAAACCAGGCAGCAAACGGGACAAAACUUUCAAGAAAGACCUGGCAUCUAUUAAAACACUGGGUCCGAAAAUGAUUCAGCAUCGUCGAGACAACCCCUGCUUUCUUGAGUACCAAACUUUCAUUGAUGCUCUCCUUGAGGACGAACUGCCUGAGGAGCAGAUGCAUGAUGACUGCGUGGGCUUUCUGAUCGGUGGACUACAAACUGUAGGGAUCUGGACGUUUUGGGCACUGUACUUCUUGGCUUCUUCCCCUGACUGUCAGGAGAAACUGUACCUGAAUGUGAUCGAGGCAGUUGGGCAAGGCGACGUUGAGGAUAUGAAUCAUGAAGAUCUUCGAUACGUAGGCCAAGUGAUUAAGGAGACUCUUCGUCUAUCUGUGCUUUCUACGUACACCUGCCGCUACCACGACGACGAUUUUGAGCUUGCAGGCCACGUCCUAAAGGCUGGGACGACGACUGUUCAUGCCAUUGGAGUGGUCAUGGAGGAUCCAGUGCUUUGGCCAGACCCGAGCAAAUUUGACCCCGAGCGAUUCGACAUUCACCGCAUGACAGCCCGCCAGAAACGCGCCUUCAAACCCUUUGGUUUCGCCGGGCAACGAACCUGUCCCGGCCAGCAUUUCGCCAAGCUGGAGGCCGCGGUGUUUAUUGCCGUCCUGUGCCGCGCGUUCAAGUUUCGCCUGGUGAAGGGACAGAGCGUGAAGAAAAACUACGGUCUGAUUACACGACCUGACUGCGAAGUCUGGGUCACUCUGGAAAAGAGAAAGUAGUCGGCACGAGGGAGAGUUAAUUAGCUGCUGGAAAACGAAAAGCCACUGCGUUUUGCAUGAUCAGGAUUCACUAUUCAAACAACCAUUGUUUUGAAGAUUGUGCAAAAAUAGGUCUAAGGCAUCUUCCCAGCUUGUUUCUAGAAAUAUCAUUUUUUUCAGCGAAAUACGAAAAAAAAUGCAAGGGGUUAACCUUACAUUUUCAUUAAAUUUGGCCAAAAAUUGACUUGUCUCCAAACAACUCAAAAAUGCCUUUCGAUACAAGAUGAUCAUGAUUUAGUAUUUUUUUGACACGUAGUGCCAACUUUAAAAUACUUUUGUUGAGAUAAAAAUUGGAGAUCAAUGAGCACGAGUCUGGACAUCAUCUGACACGUGGUGGCGCUGUUUGAUGGGGGAUAAGGCACCGAUGUUGUCUAUUAUACAUAUUUCUAAAACAAUAUUUGAAAUGCUAAAAUGCAAAAUAUUCAGAAAGCAUGUUCUCUACAGGGCAAGUUUGAUUGUUUGUGAAGAAGCAAUACAUACUAAUACGUCUUGUUUAUAUACACAAGAAGUUAACAAGCUAAGAGUUUAUGAUGUAUGAGUCUUGUUUACAUUAGCCAAACUCCAGAAAUAACUUAUCACUUGUUUGAGUUGUUACAGUAUAAUAAAUUUAAUAAUUUGACAGGUUUUAACAGUUGUGUACAAACAUCAAAUCCAACAGGUAGAACCUACGUGGUUACAUAUAUGUAGACAGUUGUCAGUCUGAAUGUUACAAUAAGUUUAAUAAUUAAAGCUAUACGUUUGAUUGAACAUGGUUCUAGCAAGUCAGCAAGAAUGUUUACCUCCCCCCCCCCCUCCCCUCCCUUGCACACAUAUAUUUUUAUGGGAAUGGAAAAAAAGAAAGAUUUACGAUGGAAACCCAACCAGCCAACCCAUCAAACUCAAUGGUUAAGACGUCUGCACGCUUCUCUACGCUCCUAAGGGUAGGAAGAACUACUUCUUUGGUUGCCUGGAAUCUGUCUCCAUCCUUGUACACCAUCGAUGCUGACGCGGGUGGUUUUAGACUCCAGCAUCUGGAGGGCAUACUGGUCCUGCUUAGAACGGGUGACUUCCUUGUCGUGGGUGUAAGGGAAAACAUCUGCCUGCCAUAACAUCUGCACAUGGCAUUUGUAAUGAAUUUAUAUGAAAACAAUUGACAGAGCUGGUGUUUUUUUUUUACCCCCCAACCCCUACCCCCCUCCCCUGGAUAUUUCAUGGCAUUGUUGCCUGUAACGCCGACUAAUCAGGCAAUUCUUUGUGUAUAAUCUAUGGGUGUUUUUUAACUGCGAAAAGUGAAGGAAUUGUGGACUGUGAAGUUUUCUAAUAAGGUCUGAAUAUUUCGCUUUGACGGGGACGGUCCAGAGCUCAAGACCUCAACGCAUGUUUAUGGUUUGCUGGUGAUGACCAGCGACCACUGCGUAUAUGCCGUCCUUGUCCAGACAAAAACACUUUAUGCACAAGGGAUCUGGUUUCUUUAUGUUGACCUCUUCAUCAUGGACUCUUUUAUGUCGUGUCUUCAACAAAAGUUAGGAAGCAGCGAAUCAGCUGAACUAAGCAUCACCGUCAUCAGGGACAGCUAGUGUAUAAGCACGUCCUUGUUGUGUGCAAGGAGAAAAUCCUCUUUAUACACGUGUUAACAAUGGAACAAAGAAGGCCAGAUAGUGUCGUUUUUUGGGUCCAAAAUAAAGGAGCGAGUAGACCGUUGAUAACUACAUGCAGCUCCGGGAAUGCAGUGGGGAAGCGCUUGGAUGACAUACUUUAGUGCGUAAACAGCAAUAGGAGAGAUGGAGGAUUUGUGGUCGGUGCGGUGUUUGAUAACGGCUGUUCUUGUCGUCUUUGCAGUUGUCAACUGCUCAUCGGGAUCAUUGGCUGUUGAAGAUACCACCAGACCAGUAUCACCCACUAAUGUGCCGAUACCUAGGCAGUAUUAUGGUCUGCAGAGAGUUGGUAUCGUGGUAGCUAUGAUUCUUGGAUGCAUCAUCGUACCACUCGGACUACUCGGGUUUCUGGUGCUUCUGAUCAAUUAUUGCUACACGUCCUGGAAGAAAUCCCGUGCUGCCACUGAGAGCAGCAAAGCGCCCCCUAGAGAGCCCAGCGACCAUUCGAGCACCGCGCCUAAGCUAAGCCAGCAGACGUCUACCUUCUUCAUGUACGUCGAGCCCACUGAAGCACCUCCGAAGCAGCUAAAAGGAUCGAACGGGCUACAUUAAAACAGCGGCGGAUCCAGGAUUUUGUGCAGGGGGGGGGGGGGGGGGGUCAUCACCAAGUCAUUGCUGAAAUGUAGACACUCAGGUUUGUUUUGGUCCGGACACUUGGCCUCCGUUAAAUCAAUAUAGGUGGGGGGAGGCUUGUCCAUACUUUCAAUGGUGGCGCUGUUCACAGGCGGACAUUAUUACCGGUACAUGUAUAUUAUUUUGGGUGUCAGAGCGGAAGGGGGGGGGGGGAGGGCGCAUUUUUGAAUUUAUGAAUAAUGAAUUUAUUUGAAAAAUUACCCCCAACCAACCCACCUCCCAGGAUCAGCGCCUGAAAUGCAUACAAUUACAGUCGAACCCUGAUAAGAAGAGCACUGUUAAUACAACAUCCUGCUUAUUACAAGCACAAUUUUCGGUCACAAGUCUUUGUUUUUCUUUGUUUCCCAUUACUGUUAAUACAAGGUACCUGUUAUAACAAGGUAAUUUGUAAAGUCCCCAGAACCUUGUUAUAAAGGUGUUCGACAGUCGAACACCUUUAUAACAGUCACUGUAUUCAUAUCAAUCUGUAAAAUGUAUUGAAUAGGGCUACCGGAUGGAUUAGGAUUAAAUACAUAGAUUUUGUAUUUGAACAUGGUUAUGAUCAGUAGUUAUGCUUUAGCUUUUUAAACAUAGGCCUAUGAUAUGCCUUCUUUCUCUGUUGAACAUAAUUAUAAGUAUUCCAAAAUGGUAUACAAUUUAGUCUGCUUUUUAAACUGUACAGUGGAGCUAGCUGUGUAAAAAUAAACACCUUCAUCAUCAUAA